CCUCUGCCUUGAAUUUUCUUUCCUGAAGUCACAGCCCUCACAGUAGUGGUGGGAGAAAGAGGCCACCAUCUGUGAGCUGCUGGUUCUUGCUGCUGCAGGCUUCCUUGAGGCUCUGACCCAGGGCUGAGCAAGCAGCUGCAGCCCUGCACUCACCACUCACCCUCUCUGCCCUGCCUGCUUGGCCAGGCCUAGAGAGCUCCUGGACAGCAGGGCAGGCCUGCUCUUGUCCUCACUGUGAGAAGACGGUGUCCAGUACCUGUCUGCUGAGCCAGGGUGAGGGACGAGAGAAAAGGGGAAACAGAACCGCCCCGCCCACCUUGCUCAGCUCAGCCCAGAGCAGAGCCCUCCUGACUCAGCCUGAGGAUCAAGGGCAACCGGUACCUGCCAGCCCACAGGCAUGGGGGGAGCUGCAAUAGUAGAUGAUAGGCAAUUUAGGCCUCGGGGUUUGGGGAUGUUUGUUAGGGGGCAGUUGCGAACUGAUUAAGAGACGCCUACCCUCGUCCUUGUGUUGAAUGUUAACGAUGUGCUGGGCACUGGGCCAGGCCCCGGGGAUACCAUGCUGAACCAGACAGACCAGUCCUUACUCUCGGGAGCUUGGGUUCAAAUGGGGAUGUGGCUCAGGGCCUCUGGCUUGUGACUGGGUGCCUGGUCGUACCACUCGUCAGAGUGGAGUCACAGGAGGCAAACAGGUCAGGGUGAAAGAUAAUGAGUUUGGUUUAGGAAAGAAGUAUGAGGUACCUGGGAGACUUUGAGGGGAGGCGUCCAGGAGAGAGCCAAAUAUAAAGGUGUGGGACGGAGCAGCGAGAGCUGCUUUGCGCUGAAAGCUGUCAGCAUAAUAUAACAGAGUCUUCCAUGAAGAGAGAAUUAGUGGCUAAGAAGAGGCAAGAUAUUCUAAAGAUCACAGCGCGCUAGAGGUGUGUGUGUGGACGUGCCACCGAAGAGGGCGCUUAGGAUCUACAAAGUAUGGAGCAAGCCCCAGCCAGCACCAUGGCUUCUGCCGAGCCCCUGACAGCGCUGUCCCGCUGGUACUUGUACGCCAUCCACGGCUACUUCUGCGAGGUGAUGUUCACAGCGGCCUGGGAGUUUGUGGUGAACUUUAACUGGAAGUUUCCGGGCGUCACGAGCGUGUGGGCGCUCUUCAUCUACGGCACGUCCAUCCUGAUCGUGGAGCGCAUGUACCUGCGCCUGCGGGGCCGCUGCCCACUGCUGCUGCGCUGCCUCAUCUACACACUCUGGACCUACCUGUGGGAAUUCACCACCGGCUUCAUCCUGCGCCAGUUCAAUGCGUGCCCCUGGGAUUACUCGCAGUUCGACUUCGAUUUCAUGGGCCUCAUCACCCUGGAGUACGCCGUGCCCUGGUUUUGUGGGGCCCUCAUAGUGGAGCAGUUCAUCAUCCGCAACACCCUGCGCCUCCGCUUCGACAAGGACGCGGAGCCCGGCGGCCCCGUGGCCCUGGCCAAUGGACAUGUCAAGACUGACUGAGUGGGGGCUGGGCAGGGAGGGCUAGGCGGCUCUUAUGGAGCCCACGGACCAAGAGACCGAGCCGGCAGCGUCGCCCCCUCUAUUUAGCACAAGCCCUGCCCCAGUGGGGCGCAUGUGGCCCCAUCCCUUUCGUGGGGGGCGCUGGUGUCGAGGCCGCAGAGGACCCUGGGAAGGGUCCCUGGAUCUCCACCGCCCAGGGGCUGGCAGUGACCGGGCUGCAUGAUGACUUAGGAGGCCACAGGGCCUGUCCUGACUAGGGGAAGUUGCAAAUGGGGCUGAAGGUGAGAGGCCAGGUCUGCCAAGGCUUUGGGCUGCUGCUGCAGCCCCUCCCUCCCUCUCACCUGGACUUAGCUGGGCUUUGGCUGGUUCCGUUAGGCAAUAUUCAGGUGCUUGCUUGCAACCAAUACCUCCCCGGGGGCCUGCUGAGCUGCAGCCUAAGAGAGACCCUGCAGCCACCGAGCUGCUUGGCAGCAGUGCUGGUCUGCAGGCGCUGGGAACCUUCCCGUGGCUCCUCUCCCCUCCCCCAGGGCCCCACGCUGCUCCCUUGGCCUUCUGGGGGCCCCCGUGGUGCUGGAAUUCCCACCAACCUUGGGCUUUUGGAGGUUUCAGUCCCCGUGUGUUCGGUGGUGUUUCUCCCUUUCUCUUGUUUUUCAAGGCCUUUACCACUAGCAGCCCUUUCAUCCGUCAGUCACCACACCGCCCCAUCCCAGCUCCCUAGGCAAGGCGACUGCAGCCAGGGGCAAACCCUGAGACAGACCCUGCCUGCCUCCUUUCGGCCUCUGCGCCCCUCGCUGGCCUGAUGACUGUGAGGUCCUGAGUUCUGCCUGCCCGGCUCUGAUCUGGUGGGCAGCUUGGUGGUGUCCCCUCCCUGCAAGGACCCGGCUCAGAGCAGAGUAGCCCCAGAGCAUAGCUGGCCCAAGGGGCAAAUCAGUAGUGUAGGGGAAGAGGCAGAGCUCGAGAUCCUGUUCACCCAUCCAGGUUUAAUUUCAAGCCCAUGGGGCAAAGUAGCUCUCUACGGGGUGGAGGAGCAGGCAUCCAGUGUUGGAGAUCCAUGGAGGAUGGGAAAGAAAGACGACCGUGGGAGGCCCUUUGGAGCCUUCCUUAUAGGCAAAAGGAUCCAUGCCGGCUCUGCCACGGGCCAGCUCUGCAGUUAAACCUCAGGGCUGCCCCUCCCCUGCCCAUCCGGGCAAAGCUGACCUUUGAGCUUGCUUCUCAGCGGUUUUACCGCUGCUACACUCAUGGUCAUCAUCAUCUCAGUGGCCGGUCCUUCCCCCAUGACAGAUCCAUUGCUGGCAGUGGAUGACAGAGAACAUCCUCCCUCCAGCCCUUCCUGCUCUACCCCCACCCUCGCACGGAGGGACCCAUCAGAACGUGGACCACCCCAUGGGACAUGGUCUUGCUUUGACCUGACUAGGACUGAGGUAGAAAUUAGCCCUCCCUUUCUUAUAGAUCAUUAAAAAGCGAUAGUACCACCUGUGGAGUGAUCUCUUCCUUGCUGGCUGCUGCACCUGGAGUGCACAGGCUGCACCAGCCAGGAUGGGUAGCAGGUAUGGCCUGCGACAGGAGAAAGGCUCGGACACCCAGUGUCUAAUGGCGUUUUCCUGCUGGUCACUGUGUCAGAGAGGGAGGCUUGGCGUCUUCCCAGCCAGUUUCCUGAGCAGGCUUCUCGAGUGGCUUGCUCCGCCCCCCUUAGGUUGAGGCUUCAGUCAUAGGGCUUGGAGAAGCAUGGGGCAUCAGGCAGAUUGCUUUCCAACUGUAGGUGGGAGGAUUCCCUCCUCCUACUGGGCAAUCUGUUCCUUGGUCCUGUUCCCCCAAGCUUCAUGCUGCCAGUCUCCUGUGCCCAGACAUCCCUCCAAGUCACCCCACUUCAAAUCCCCCUUUUACCACAGAACCCCAUCGCCAGCUUGCUGAGGUCGCCCAGAAAAAGACCUCUUUAACCCACAGCCCCAGUGUGGCCUUCGAUGGCUUGCUGGGUUGUACCACUAUGAUGCUGCCUUUGUGGCCAUUCUUGGGCACCAUGUCGUCUCUGGGCCCCUUUAGUCCCAAGUACAGGGGUUCCCAGAGUGAACGCGCAUGCUUGGCAACGUUCCGCACUGUGGUCCUGCUUCAUCUGGGCACCCUGUUGCCCCUGUGGCCCACCAUAGGGCACAGAGCCCCCUGCUCAGGGAGGCUGCAGCCCGUGGCCUGGCCACAGGGUCUGUAGGGGCGGAUCUCACGAGAAGCAGCCCAGACUUCAAACUCUUGGGUUUCUUGUGAUAUCUACAGAGCCCGAUCCCUCCAUGCCCAGAGCUUGGGUCUGGAGUAGCCCCAGCUUUGCCAGGCUGUGGGGCUGCUGGCAGAGAGUGUGCUGGCUGCUGCUGAGCCCUGGCACCCUGCGCCACUGUGCUGGCCACAGCAGCCCUCGGAGCUGCAGAGUACAGGUGUGCUGCCCUGCAUGGUUCAGCUGCUUUGGACGUCUGCUAGGCUUCCUGUGCCCUGUCCCCUCUUCAGUGCCAGUGAGUCACAAUGGCUCUUGCUUGUUCUUAGCAAUAAUAAUACCUGGAGAGUGCCCACAAUGCCCUUCUGUCCUACUCCUUGCUCUGCAAGGGUCUCCCGGGGAGGCCACUGAUGAGUACUGGGAUAACGUGAGGACCUGGAUUUCUGAAGCUCUGGGCUGUGCAGACACUCACCAGGGCAGGCAGGUAGAUGUGAUGUCAGCCCUUAAGCUGUGAAGAAGGCAGGGAGAAAGCCGUCCACCCUGAAGUUGCCCAGGCCUGGCCAGGCUGCAGGCCUCAGCCUUGAAAUAGGUGGGACUGUCUUCCAACCUGGCGGCUCUUAAGAAAGACACAGGACUGGUUUGUGUGUGCAUUGCCUGCUGUGUCUCCAUUGGUUUCUGUCUCUUUUCAUGUGUGUGCACAUAAAAUAUAAUAGUAUUUGUGUUCCAGGACUGGCUCUGACCCAUCUCAAGGAGUGGGGAAUCCUUUUCCCAGGGGUUCACUGAGACCAGGUCUGUCGUACCCCGGCGUCACACCAUCCUGAACCCGGAGAGCUGCUGCGAGGGGCGGGCAUUGGACACUCCUGACAGUCCUUUUCACUCUUCCCUACUCUGGCCUUGCCAUUGGGGAGCAUAAUCUGGCCCAGCCCUCUUAUCCCCCUCCCCAAGAUGAACACGGAACCCCAGACGGCACGCAGGUUGGACCCACCUGCCCAUGAGAUGAGCCCCUUGUGUACACACUGGUCAUGAUGUGGGACACCUCCCAGGCUGGGGAAGUCUGCAGGAGGCCUGAUAAGGCCAGGGCCCCUUCGUGUGAUGUUGCAAGUGCUGGUGUGAAGAAACAGCUCUGUGCUCCUCCCUGCCCCUCAGCUGUCCCUGCAGAGUCUCUGGUGAGAGAGGAACCUCCCCUGGCUUAUGUACCUCUUCACUGUCCAGCUCUCCUGCCCCCGCUUUCCCACCAUGCCCUUGCCUACUUUCCUACUUUGUGGAAAAAGUGGAGGGCUUAGAAAUUGCCGUCUGUGCAGCUCACCCUGAACCUUCUUGCCACAGCUAAGCUUCAGAACAUGGCACUGUGCUUCAGGUGUUCAUUUCUUUGAAAGCUUUCCUCUUUUAAAAAUGAGUUAAAAUAAAGCCACAACAGUCA